CUCGGCUCGUGCCGUGGCCUCGACUUCGUCAAUUCGAGACGACGUAAAAGUUUGCUUAGACAAUCCAAACCACCUCUAAGCUCUUGACGUCCUCAGAUUGGCCAGACGUUUCCUGGGACAGGCCAGAACGCGUGCUGUAGCCUGACUAGAAACUAGUCACUCACUUUCCCCGUCGCCCCCCAACACUUCCACAACGAAAUGGCCACUACGCGUACAGCAGAUGCCAGGGCGUCUGAAGACGACCUGGCUACCCUCCCCUCCAUCUCGGAUGAUACCAUUGUGUCUCGUCUUCGAGACCGUUUUCUUAACGACAUCAUCUACACUUCCGUAGGGUCCUCUACCUUAGUUGCCCUGAACCCCCACAAAUAUGUAGGCAGCAAUGCCGACUCAGUUUUGCUACAAUAUGCAACCGAGUACAGAGACACCAGCGGGGAGAAGGAAUAUCGGUCUCCUCAUAUCUUCCAAUUGGCAAACAAUGCAUAUUAUCAUAUGCGACGGACAGGCCAGGAUCAGAGUUUAUUGUUUAGUGGCGAGACUGGGGCUGGCAAGUCGGAAAGUCGCCGUCUUGCAAUCAAAAGCGUUAUUGAGCUCAGCGUCAGUAACCCUGGAAAGAAGGGCUCCAAGUUGGCGAGCCAGAUCCCCAGUGCCGACUUCAUUUUAGAAUCAUUUGGGAAUGCUCGUACUCUGUUCAAUCCCAAUGCAUCGCGUUUCGGCAGGUAUACCGAGUUGCAAUUCUCGGAUCGUGGACGGCUUUAUGGUGCUAAGACAUUGGAUUACUACCUGGAGAAGAGUCGUGUAGCGGGGGCGCCUUCUGGAGAACGCAACUUUCAUAUCUUCUACUACCUCCUUACGGGUGCCACUAACGAGGAGCGACAGCACUUACAUCUGAGCGACAAGGUAGUGUACCGCUACCUCACCCAUGGCGGCGGGAAUCCGUUCCAAGAGGACGAUGGUCACAAAUUUGAGCGAUUAAAACAUGCGUUGAAAAGUGUUGGGUUUUCAAAGCGCAGUGUCGCUCAGACUUGCCAACUCAUUGCUGCCAUCAUCCACCUCGGCAAUAUCGAGUUCACGCGGGACCGAAAUCGCAACGAGGAUGCUGCCGUAGUUCGCAACACUGAUGUUCUCAAUAUCGUUGCCGAAUUUCUGGGAGUCUCUGCUGCAUCGCUGGAGUCUGUCUUGUCGUACAAGACUAAACUUGUCAAAAAGGAGUUGUGUACGAUCUUCCUAGACCCCGAAGGAGCCUCCGAUAAUCGUGACGACCUCGCUAAAAAUUUAUACUCGCUUCUCUUUUCCUGGCUAAAUGAAUUUAUCAAUCAGAAACUGUGCAGGGACGAUUAUACCACAUUUGUUGGUUUCCUCGACUUCCCGGGAUUCCAGAAUAUCACUUCCUCGCCUAGUCGAUCCAACUCUCUCGAUCAGUUCUGCAUAAACUAUGCCAAUGAACGUCUGCACCAGUGGGUACGCCGGCAAAUAUUCGAUCGACACGCAGACGAGUUUGUGUCCGAAGGUCUUUCUGGCGUUUUCCCUACAGUUCCUUACUUCGACAAUUCUGAAUGCGUUCGAAUGUUGUCGACCAUGCCUGGAGGCAUCAUCCAUAUCAUGGAUGACCAGGUCAGGCGCAUGCCGAAGAAAACCGAUCACACCAUGAUCGAAGCAAUGUCUAAGCGCUGGGGCAAUCACACCUCGUUCAGAUUGGGAGGAAUGGAUCAUUCGGGUUUCCCGACGUUCACUGUUAGCCAUUAUGCUGGUCCAGUUACUUACUCAGCCGAAUCCUUCCUCGAGAAGAAUGCCGCGGCAUUCAAUCCCGAUUUCGUAUCACUCCUUAGACGCAGUUCCGAAGGCGGUCGUACCAUGGGCGGCGAGAGCUCAGGCUCUUCCAAUCAUUUCAUUCAAGCUCUUUUCUCCUCAAAAUCCAUUGCGACUGAAGCACACCCUCGCCAUGAUGAGACGAUCGUGGCCGCACAUCAGCCAGUCAAGCCCAUGCGGGCCCCGUCCAUGAAGAAGAGGGGUACUGUGAAACGCAGACCUGCAGGUGAAGCGCCAAAGCCCGAGGUGACAAUUGAAGAGGAGGCAGAUGAAGGUCCUGCUGAUACCGAGGGCAUCAAGUGCGUCGCUGGGGAGUUCAAAACUGCGCUAGAUGUGCUUUUCGAAACUCUUGACGAGACAAAUCCCUGGUCCGUGAUGUGCAUCAACCCGAAUGAUGCACAACUACCAAACCAGCUUGAAACUCGUGGGGUUAAGGCUCAGAUUCGCAGCGCUGGCUUGUCAGAGGUCUCCCGGAAAAAUGGAAUUGUCAUCGAGGCUAGCAUGACCCCCACCGAGUUCUGUGAUCGCUAUCGUGACCAGCUUAGAGAAGUUGGACUGUCGCCUGAAGAUGAUCCCGUGGGCAACGUCCGCGCCGUCCGUGAAGCUCUCGGGUUAUCCGAUCGAGACGUGGUUAUGGGAAAUCAUAAGGUUUUCUUAAGUCAAGUCGCGUUCCACAAGAUGGAAGACUACUUGAGGGCUAAUGAUGCGGAGGAGCAAAAACGAAAUCGGCUGAGGGUGGCAGAAGCCCAGGCGGGUCUCCUUGACGUUCGAACGGAUGAAUAUGGACCAUAUGGGCAUGGACCUGAUGGGGAGGAUGGAGACAGAUCACCGGUAACGGGGUACAAUGACCCAUUUGGCAACUCCAGUCAGGUUCUGCCUCUCGUUUCCAAUGCUCAGGGUCAACCCUUUGUUGGUCGCGCGCUCUAUGGAGAUGAUGAUGACGGACGCUCACUGCAAAGUGACGAUUUUGAUCAGCACAGCCGUAUCACAAGUGGACAGGAAGAUGCAAGCAAUUACGGGAGUGAAUCCUAUGCACCUUCAAGAAAUAUGUUCCAGAACACUCGGAAGGUUCAAGCAGAAAAGGACCCGUUGCCCGGCGAUAUUCUUCAGAAUGAAGUUGCAGAGGAAGUUCAUGACUCGUCCGCUCGCCGCCGUUGGCUUGCCCUUGUUUGGCUGCUGACAUGGUGGCUUCCCACACCCCUCCUCACGUACAUUGGCCGUAUGAAGCGUAUGGAUAUUCGACAAGCGUGGCGCGAAAAGCUGGCAAUCAACAUCCUCAUUUGGUUUGUUUGUGCCAGCGCGAUUUUCGUCAUCGCUAUCCUUGGAUAUAUUAUCUGUCCGCACGAAUACGUGUUCAGCCCGGCAGAGCUCAAAUCUCACUCCUACAACAACGAUCCCAAACACACGUAUACUGCGAUCCGCGGGGAGGUUUUCGACUUGACAGGCAUCAUGCAAACCCAUGUGACCACAGUCAGUGUCAUACCUCAAAAGACGGUCAUGAAAUACGGUGGUCUUGAUGCUACCUCUCUAUUCCCUGUUCAAGUCAGCGCCCUCUGUGAAGGUGUGAAUGGCCCAGUCAACCCUUACGUUCUCCUGAGCUCGACAAACCAAUCGGUGAAUGUCGAAGCUCAGUACCACGACUUCAGAGCGUUUAAUCAAUAUGACUAUCGACCUGAUUGGUAUUUCGAAAUGAUGAUCCUCAUGCGUUAUAACUGGCGUGUAGGGUUCGUUGGUUACACUGCCUCUGCCAUUCGAUCUUUGGCCAGCAAAGGUCGCGCCGUCGCUGUGUACAAUGGCAUGGUUUAUGACUUGUCGGAUUAUAUUAACUUCCCGCCGGUGGUUCACGCACCUGAUGGAACACAAGUCCAGGAUCCAAACUCAAUCAAGACGCUCUUCAUGGAAUCUACUGUCGUCGAUCUGUUCCGCUACAACAACGGCCAGGAUAUCACGAACAAACUCAAUAAUCUACAGAUUGACUCCGAUACCUUCGCUCGCAUGCAGACUUGUCUCCGUAAUUUGUUCCUGAUCGGCAAGGUCGAUAAUCGUAACUCUCCCCAAUGUUUAUUCUCCACAUAUAUCUUGUUGGCUUUAUCAGCGGUGAUGGUUGCAGUAAUUGGGUUCAAGUUCAUCGCUUCUAUCACAUUCGCCUCGCCGCGUAGACCCGAAGACCAUGACAAGUUUGUCAUCUGCCAAGUGCCUGUCUAUACGGAAGAUGAGGAUUCCGUUCGCCGAACUAUCGAUUCGCUGGCGAAACUGAGAUACGACGACAAACGCAAGUUGCUCUUCAUCAUUUGCGACGGUAACAUUGUCGGUUCCGGAAACGAUCGUCCUACUCCUCGGAUUGUUUUGGACGUACUGGGAGCAGACCCAAACUUGGACCCCGAACCCCUUAGCUUUUUGUCGUUGGGAGAAGGAGCAAAGCAGCAUAAUAUGGGCAAGGUGUAUUCUGGUCUUUACGAGUGUUCUGGUCAUGUGGUGCCCUAUGUGGUCCUUGUCAAGGUCGGGAAACCAACGGAAAGGUCCCGCCCCGGCAACAGAGGAAAACGAGACUCGCAGAUGGUGUUAAUGCAUUUCUUGAAUAAGGUUCACUUCAAUUCAGCCAUGAAUCCUUGCGAACUUGAAAUGUAUCAUCAGAUCAAAAAUGUCAUCGGAGUGAAUCCCUCCUUCUAUGAGUACAUCUUCAUGGUGGAUGCCGAUACGACUGUAGAGCCCCUCGCUCUAAACCGGCUCGUUUCGGCCAUGAUUCACGACAAGAAGGUACUUGGUGUAUGUGGCGAGACAUCCCUCUCAAACGAGAAGCGGUCUGUUGUCACUAUGAUGCAGGUGUACGAAUAUUUCAUAUCCCAUCAUCUGGCGAAGUCGUUCGAGUCCCUUUUCGGAUCGGUGACUUGCUUGCCUGGGUGUUUCACUAUGUACCGUCUUCGCACGCCAGACACACACAAACCACUCUUCAUCUCCAAUGCCGUCAUCGAGGAUUACUCAGAAAACCGAGUUGACACUUUGCACAUGAAGAACCUGCUUCAUCUUGGAGAAGACCGAUACCUCACAACGUUGUUGCUGAAGCAUUUUCCCAAUUACAAAACUCAAUUUGUCAGAGACGCCCAUGCCUAUACUAUCGCUCCUGAGGAGUGGAAGAUCUUAUUAUCGCAGCGUCGCCGUUGGAUCAAUUCUACGGUACACAAUCUUGCCGAACUGGUUUUCUUGGAUCAACUUUGUGGUUUCUGUUGCUUUUCCAUGAGAUUCAUUGUCUUUAUUGAUCUCCUGUCAACCAUCAUUCAGCCUGUUACAGUCGCUUACAUCGUUUAUUUGAUAUACCUGGUGGUUGGGAAACAUGAGUCGGUGCCUCUGUUUUCCAUCAUCAUGCUAGCUGCUAUAUAUGGCCUUCAAGCGCUUGUCUUCAUCUUCCGUCGUAAAUGGGAUAUGAUUGGCUGGAUGCUAUUUUAUAUUCUUGCUAUUCCUGUCUUCUCAUUCUACCUCCCACUCUAUGCAUUUUGGCGCAUGGACGACUUCUCAUGGGGUCAGACCCGUAUUGUUAUGGGUGAAAAGGGUAAGAAGUUGGUGAUCCACGACGAAGGGAAAUUCGAUCCCCGUUCUAUUCCACUGAAGUCAUGGACAGACUACGAAAAUGAGUUAUGGGACAAAGAGUCCAAUCACAGUGUAGGAUCAUGGGUGCCGCCAACCAAGGGCAAGGAUGGAUAUCAUACUCCUACGGCAUCAAUAUACGGUCGUCAGACUGUUUAUGACGCACAUGAAGUCCCAUACUCCCGCUCUUACUCUCCUGCACCUUCUUAUAAUGGACGUCAACCGUCGACAUACGGAUUCCCCCAGGCCCACGCUGAUACUUUGGGGCGACAGUCCAUGGCUGGCGUCCAGUCGCGCCCCACAACAUCGUACUUACCUGACAUUGGUGGUGGUGGCUUUAGCGGCGACUUCUUAGGAUCGCCUAGCGGACAACCAUCCGACGCAGAACUAGAGCGUGCAGUACAGGAGAUCCUGCGCGAUGCUGAUCUCAACGUCAGCACUAAGCGUGCAAUUCGUUCCCGCCUGGAGGAGUCAUUUGGGAUAGAUUUGACGGCUCGGAAGACGACCAUCAACGCAGCUAUAGAUCGCAUCCUACUUACACAAGCACAGUGAUACUUUCAACGACUGUGACUAAGCAGUAUUUGACCCCUUCAUGCAUGGACGAUAUGGCUUACAUUCUCACUCGGACACUUUGUAUCAAAUUUACAAGUCCUGAUAAUCCAAUAUUUAAUCUCUCUCUCCUUCAA